AUGGCCGACAUGGAUGGUCCCAAGCCUUUUGGCUAUGGCCUGCGCUCAUCUAGGCUCUUCAUAACUUCGUCUAUGUACAUCGCCCUGUUUGCUGGAUACAUGCUCGAAGACCAUCUGCAACUGGAUCCCUCACACACUCAGGGCCUCACCACUGCGCUGCUCACCAUUCACGGUCUCGUCUCUUUGAUCUCCGGUCCUAUCAUCGCCCACUUUGCCGAUAAAUCUCCCAGCAAGAAGACCCCGCUACUCCUUGCUCUGACUGGAUGUCUGAUAGGCACAAUCCUCGUCGCGGACAAGAUGCGACAUGUUAUGGGUACCGCCAGAUCCUUUGCAUCAAUGGGCGUUAUUGGGGGACCCGUUGUCGCUGGUGUGCUAUUACAGCUGCUUGGAUACUGGUCAGCGUGGUCCGUCCCGAUGGCGGUGCUUAUCCUAGAUAUGGUCUCCCGUCUUACGAUGAUUGAACCUAUCAAGCAACCAGCCACCUCUGAGUCUUUAUAUUCCCCUGGCUCCUCUGUCACGGGAAUCGGACCUGAAGAGACCACCACCUUGUUGUCUAAGUCCUCAGACGUUGAUCAAGCCCCCGAAGGGGGUCCAUCGGUCGCGGACUCGAAGGAUGCAUCAGGCCUCGGGUUUUAUAGCAUUAUGCUUUGUGAUCCUAGAGUCCUUUGCAGUCUCACAAACAGCUUGACCACUUCUGCAGUUGUUGCUGGGUUUGAUACUACUCUUCCUCUUCAUGUACGCAAUGCAUUUGGUUGGGAAAGCUUGCCUGCCGGUAUGAUGUUUCUCUGCCUGCAAAUUCCUGCUAUUCUCCUGGGUCCUGUGGCCGGGUCACUUCGAGACCGAGUUGGCGUUCGAUCAAUCACUGUUUGCGGCUGGGUCAUCCUAACUCCGCUGUUUACGAUCCUGGGUAUGCCCGGAGACAAUCGAUUCCCAUGGGCUAGUCAUGAAGCUGGUGGGAAGGCCAUUUAUCUGACUUCCUUAUCGUCAAUUGGUCUUGCUCUCUGCUUGGUGCGCGGUUCUGGCGGUCAGCAAAUGUCGGCUAUUGCCAAAGACCUUCAAGCCAAGAAUCCGCACAUAUUCGGAGCCCAUGGGGGAUCCUCCCGCGUUUCCUCCCUGUGUGGGGUAUCUUUCAGCCUUGGAUUAAUGCUGGGACCAUUGCUCUGCGGCUCUUUAGUCGAUACGGUUGGAUAUUUUUACAUGAACGUGAUAAUGGGUGAGCCUGCCAGUUCUGCACUUUCCUUCGACUUCCCUUGA